CUAUGUCUAACUUUUGUCAUGGUCAUUUGGCCUUUGUUGACGUAGAAACUGGAGUGAAAGCAAAGAGGUGUUGUGUGAUAAGAUUAAUAUUUUCGAUAAUAAUGUAUGAAAGUAACGAUGUACAAUAGUGUUUGUCAUUCAGAAAAUAAAAUUCGACAAGGAUAUUGUGUAAAAAUGCUUUACACGAUGAUCGAAUAGUAUAAUUUGAGCACUCUCUGUCGUUUUAGCAUACAAAUCUCAAUCAUGAGCCCCAAUAAAAGAAAGAUAUUCGCGUCAGAUACAUCUGAUGAAGAUGACAGUUUUAAACAUCGACGUAGUUCUCUGAGAGUUAAUCUAAGUUAUUGCGAAAAUUUAACGGAUUCUGGCAAUGGAUCCCUGUGGAGGACAGAAAUCGAGGCCGAUGAAAAAAGGAUAGAUACAACGCGAGUUAGUAACAGAUUAUCGAGAAGUAAAAGAAAUGAUAUAUGCAGAAAGAAAUAUCAACUUGAUUCUGAUAAUGAAGAAGAUUUACAAGUUAAAAAUGAUACAAGUAAAUUUCUUAUAAAUAAGGAUACUAAUGUAUCUCUUCCCAUCAAAAAAGGAAUACAAUUAAAACAACUUACUGUAAAGUUGGAGAACAUUAACAUUAAGGAAAAGACUCUUGAAGCAAAUUGUAAACGUUUGAAAGAUGCAAUUUUAAAUAAAACUAAAGAGAUAUUCAAUAGAGAGAGUGAACUUUCCAAAAGAACUGCAAUGAUAUUGAAGAAUGAAGAAAAUCAUUUUGCAGAUAUACAUAAUGCAAUUGAGAAUAAAUCUACCAUUAUACUAGAUACAAUGACCAAUCAUCAAUUAAGAAAUAAAGCAAACAUAGAACAUAAAAAAUGUACUAACAUUGUAAGUAAUCAACAGACAGACAAUCAAUAUUCCAAUAUUGUCACUACACCGACAAGCAGCAACAAAUUAAAUAGUUCCAAGAGAGUUAUAGAUAAAUCUAGAUUGUCUCAAAGACAGUUAUUUGCAGAAGAAGACAAAAAAAUAAAGGAACAAGCAAAGUGUAGAAUUAUAGAGGACAUUGUUUUGAAAGAAAAAUUUCCAUUAUUCUCCCUCAGGCAGGCAGAUCAAGAUGGCAGUCCUAUAUUAAGUGGCAGUAACAGAAGACAUAGCUUGUUAAGAACAAAAUCUAAAUAUUCACAAAAUCAAUCUGAAAACCAUAAUACUACAUUCUCAACUAUACAUUCUCAGAAUAUAGGAGCACCCAUUGUUUCCUCUACUUUCAAUGAAAAUAUUAUGACAGAUGAAAACAAAAAUAACAGCCCUUAUAAUGAAACGAACAGUGACAUAGAUACAUCUUGUGCCAUACGUACAACGAAUAAAGUAAUAUCUAUGGAAAUGACAGAAGUUCAUGGUGAUAUUCAAAUAAGUGAAAAGCAUUUGUCUCUGCAAAAUAUAAAUUCAAAUGCAAUUGACAGUAUUAAUAACAAGAAAAAGAAAUCAAAAGAAAAAAGUUUAGAACAAAGCAGAUGUGUUAUUCAGAUGCAAAAAAUAGAAAAUAAUAGUCUUGUAGACAAACCUACAAUACAAAAUAACACUGCACAUUUUGAUUUGUCUUGCACAGAUAUAGCAAAUAAUCAAAAUAUACCUAUUCAAACAUCCAGUAAUGAUAAAAUGAUUGUAGUUAUAAAACCACUGCAGUUACACAAACACAUUAAUAAAAAUCGCAACAAGGAACAACAUAUGCUAUCUUUGUCUGACAGUGAUAGUGAUAAUACAAUUCGAUCAUCUUUAAAUGUCAAUACUUCAUUGACAGUAACUGAAGCUAACAAGGAAGAAAAUGUUCAAAAAACAAAUGAUUAUAGGGUCAACAAUAGUAAUCAAGAGAGAACAACUAAUAAUAAAGAGUCAACAGCUUCAGAUGAUCAAUAUGAAAGUUCAAAUAUCACUGAAAUCUCAAUGAGAAUGAAUACAUCGAUAAAUUCGAUGCGCGAAACAUGGAAAAGAAGGAAUCAUCUUCAAUCAUUGAGCUUAGAUAAGAGUGAUGAAGACAUAACAGAAAACCACUCAAAUAUGAACAAUCGACAUUCACUAGCAGUAGAAAAUAAAGAGGCAAACGAUCUUGACGUCUUAGAAAACAUCAGCUUAAUUCAAAGAUUAAGAAACAUCUCUACACAAAAUCCAGUUCCCUAUAACAGUAAAUUGAAAGUUUUUGACAUGAAAGAGAAUGUAAGAACGGAUAAUAGAUUUAAUGAUAUUAAAUUUCAAAAUAAUGAAUGUACAAAUAGAGAUAGUUAUAUUGAGGGAACUCCAUAUCCAAUAAGUCGUUCAGUUUUGUUCAGAACACAAUUAAGACAUAAAACACAAAAUUUAGAUAACAGUGUAACGUCUAGCAACAAUUUAAAUUCAAUGGACAGAAAAGAAAACAUUGAUAAAACUAAAUCAGAUGCUUUGUAUUCAGAGACAAUUGAAAUUGAUACAGUUAUUUUGAAAGAUACAUCUAGUGAUAAUUCUUCUGUUAUUCAAAAUCAAUUGAGAAUCAUAGAAGAUACAGUUGAUGAAACAAGACUUGAAACAAAUGAAAAAAACACAGUUACAACUAAUAACAUGGAAUGUAUUUCAGUGAAGAAAAAUAAAAGAAGACUAUUCCCACUUAAAGAAAAUUCUCAACUGUGUUCAAUUACUCCAAUAAAAGAUAAAUGCAUAAUUGAGGAAUCAACACCUACGAAAAAAACCAGAAAAUUAAGAAAAAAACGUCCAAAAAGAAAAUCAAUAGAUAUCAAGAAUGACACAAGCUCUAUUAAGCGUAAUAUCGUACGCGAAGAAACAUGGUCAGACAAUGAUAUACCUAAAAAUAAGAAGAAAAAAGAUAAAAAAAUACAAAAAUCAAGGAAAGUUGUUAGCAAGAAAAUUGUUAUCAAGAAAUUUGCUGAUGAAAAUAUGUUGAAUAUAUUAAAGAGAAAUAAACAAGAAGAUGAAUCAUUAGAAAAUAGAGAUUCCUUAGAUGAUUUUGCAAAGCAUCGCAAAAUACCUACUCAGUGGAAUAAAUAUAAGUCUCAAAAGAUCGUUAUUGCAACGACUGGUCUAUCAAAAGGGGACAAAAGUUUAGUAAAGAGUAUUGUCAAGUCUCUUGGCAUGGCAGAAAUAGAAUUGAAUGUAUCGAAACGAACAACUCAUGUUGUGAGUACAGGUGUGCGUACAGUGAAUCUACUUCGAGGGAUAAUAAGAGGUUGUUGGUUAGUUAGUUUAGAAUGGGUUUUAAAAUCUUUGGAGAACAAUAGUUGGUUAGAUCCAGAAGAGUUUGAAAUGAAACAUUUCUCUAAAGCUGUGCAAGAAAAUCGAAAAGACAGACAAUUAUUCGGACCUUCGUAUAUCCCAGAAUUAUUUGCAACAUGUGGGUUAAUAUAUGUUGGGCAUAAAACUACAGUGCCAUGUAAUAUACUUAAAGAACUUAUAAAGACAGCAGGCGGACAUAUCACUGAAAAUUUUAAACUUGCGAAAAUUAUUAUUGAUAUAAAUGGUCUGAAGGAGACCUGGAUUAUAGAUUCUAUUACGACAGGUGAACUACAAUUAACUAAACUUUAUGAAAGAGGGCAAACAAAAGAAUAGAGCUUUUCUUGAUAUUUAUGUAAAUUUAUAUAAAAUUUAUACAAUUAUUUAUAUCAUC